AAAACUCCAAAAGACAGCCGCCAUAGUUAUUUUGUUUGGUUAGAUUUUUAGGUUAUCUAUUUAACCGACGCCGCUUCUGUUUUUCAAUAUAAAAAGUUAAUAAAUCAACAAAAAUGAAACUCGUUAGGUUUUUAAUGAAACUGAGCCACGAGACGGUCACAAUCGAACUGAAGAACGGGAGUGUUGUGCACGGAACGAUAACCGGAGUCGAUGUUGCUAUGAACACACACUUGAAAGCUGUUAAAGUUACGUUAAAAAACAAGGAAGAACUUCAGCUAGAGACAUUGAGUAUUCGCGGGAACAAUAUUAGGUAUUACUUGCUGCCUGAUAGCUUGCCUUUGGAGACGCUACUUAUCGAUGAUACGCCGAAAGGACGUGGAAAGAGGGAAGGAUUCCCAAGAGGCGGUGGUAGCGCGAGAGGAGGGCGAGGAAGAGGUCGUGGUGGUCGCGGAGGACCAAGAGGAGGUCGUGGUGGUCGUGGACGUGGAAGGCGUUAAGUGUUCCCUAGUUUUAAGUUCUAAAUUUGUGAUUACAUUUGCUAUUUAAGGUAUGAAAGCGUUUUAUUUCUUCAUCAACGUCUCUGGCC